AGGAGCCGUCCCCAGCCCGUAGCCCUGCCCCAGGAGCGUGGCAGCGGGCGAUGACCAUCAUGAAACCAGACCCUGGAGAUGCGCCCCAGCUGGACCUGGGCAAGAAGGUGAGCACGCCGCAGGACGUGAUGCUGGAGGAGCUCUCCCUGAGCACCAACCGCGGCUCCCAGCUCUUCCAGCAGCGGCAGAGGCGGAUGCAGCGCUUCGUCUUCGAGCACCCCAGCGGCUACAGGAAGCUCCCAGCGCCGGGUGGCUCGCACGGCACCGAGAAAGCCGGGCUGGAGGGGACGGCGAACGAGUGGUCGGCUGGGGACGCCGAGGGCCAGCAGAGCUUCCACUCGGAGCUGCACGUGGCAGCGUCGCCCCAGGGCGGCCCUCCUGAGGUGCCCAAGAAGUCGGAGAAAGCCCUGCAGAUGGGCAGAGUCCUCAACCCAGACAAUCUGGCCCCAGGGUACUCAGGGCCCCUCAGAGAAGUGCCCCCGGAGAAGUUCAACGUCACCGCCAUCCCCAAGGGCUACCGCUCCCCGUGGCAGGGGCUCCUCGGUGACAAGGACAAGGCUGUGGGCAGAGAGAACCAGCUGCCCAUGAAACCCUCGUACGGGGAGUUCAUCAGCUUCAACAGGACUCCCACCCCGUUUGACAGAGCAGUGCUCAGCGACCUCUUCUACGUGCCUGCCGCCGAGCUGGACAACCUGAGCGGUCUGGAGCUGAUUUCCCAGAGGCCCAACUUCAACAGAGUACCGCAGGGCUGGGCGCGGGUCCUCCCGGAGAGCGACGAGCUGUAGCACCCCCGCUCCCUUCCCCAUCGCCACGGAUGCUUUUCUCGCUAGACUCAACCGUACUUUGCACAGCAGGGGAGAGGGGAGUAAGUGUUCUCGCCUAGCGUUUCGGGAAAGCUAAGCCAGAGGUCUCAGCUCGUCGUCCUUUUCCACGGGAUUUGAACAAGCUCAAGCCUGGGACCAUUCUGAGUUCCCCUCAUACCAGCCGCUGUCACAAGGGCAUUUAGCGCUAAGCUAAGCAGCCACGUCCUCAUCGCUCACGCAAGGAGAUCCCCGUAGGCUCCCAUAACCAUCACCCCAUGACACACCCCGUACAGGCUGUCCCCCCCCCGCCCCGCGUCGUGGGGCACGGCGGCACUACCGGCCGCAAGGCACCGAGCGCUCCCGCCGCUGCUUCUUCGCUGGCACACGCCCUGCUCCGACAGGUGGUGGGGAGAAAUUCCAUCCGAAGGACAGCAAAAGGAGGCGAGGACUGCAGAACACCAGCAGGACGCGCAACCAGAGGCACUGGAAUGUUAAAAGCAGUGACCUCAGGCUUGGCCGGACAGCACGAAGGAUGAGCUGGUCACCCGCCUGCUUACCACACAGCACGACCCCGACAAGGGAGGGGAACGCUGCGAGCUGGAACCUUGUGCCACUUUUUCCAUAAGCUGCUGGCUAGCACGCGGCAGCUCUUAUUUUGCCCUUCCUACCUGCGCGCCUUGCUUGAACAUCUCAGCCCUUUGAUCCUCCUACGCCAGGUUUGCUUCAUACAGCCGGUCGAUAAGGAUCGGGCCCUGCCUGGGACAGAUGCGCGGCAAAACUGCGCCAGUCUGGGGUGUCUGAAAGAAACUGCCGGGGUGUUCGGGUAACUUCAACAUCAGUGGGAAGGAAAAGCAGUGCAGUCAUGUCCCUCGAGUAAGCAUGGACUCCUUAAAUGCAAAAAUUAGCAGUGAGAAUUUGACUACGCUUUUUUUCUCCCAGCACUGGCAGCCGGUGGGACAUGCAGCCAACAACAGUUCUUAGGAGAGACACCAAAAACUUACAAAAAGCCCUGCCAACCGCCAACCAAAACCUCUAACAUAACACACGCUUUCUACAACUGCUUUUGUCAAGUUCUUAACGUCACCCUUAUUUAGUCCCGCGAAACCAGGAGCACUGGGAUAAAAGCAUUUUUUUCCACCGCAGUGGUUAAACCAGGCAAGUAAAUUUUGUGGUAACAAUGCAGGUAACAGCUGCCUUGCUUGUAAAGCGCGUUCCAAUACCGUGCAGACGUGCAGAGAAAAUCCCAGGCAGGGAUUCUGCUGCGACAACACACCAUUCGGGCAGGAAACGUGCAUUUCUCUGCUCUUCCCGCAGAAGCACGAGGGGAUAAGCAAACGUAAGGAAUAAAGGUCU